CGCAUUGGCGCGCAACCACUAAUUAGUUGUCGCGCGUGGUUGCAUUGAUUUCUCUGAAUUUAGCUACGUCGUGACACUAUGAACGGCAAGACAGAUGAAUCCGGCGAUAAAAGCGUUGGCACAUCAAACAUGAUUUCGGAACCCAUAACCGAGUCAUCAGAAAUGACAUCGAAGGAUUAUUACUUCGACUCAUAUGCCCACUUUGGAAUCCACGAGGAAAUGUUGAAAGACGAAAUUAGAACACUCACGUAUCGUAGUGCUUUAAUUCACAACAAACAUCUCGUUAAGGAUAAAGUGGUACUAGAUGUGGGAUGUGGGACUGCAAUUCUCUGUUUGUUUGCAAUCAAAGCAGGUGCAAAGCAUGCGAUUGGGAUUGAGUGUUCUAACAUUAUUGAUCGGGCAAGAGAGGUCGUCCAAGCUAACAAUAUGGCUGACAAGAUAACAUUAAUCAAAGGGAAAGUUGAAGAAGUCGAACUGCCUCCUGAAUUCCCUAAAGUUGAUAUACUUAUUAGUGAAUGGAUGGGCUAUUGUUUAUUCUACGAAUCAAUGUUAAACACCGUCAUUUUUGCCAGAGACAAGUGGCUGGCCCCUGGAGGUUUGAUAAUGCCUGAUCGUGCAACUCUUUAUGUGUGUGCUAUAGAAGAUAGACAAUACAAGGAUGAAAAAAUUAAUUGGUGGGAUAGUGUUUAUGGUUUCGACAUGAGCUGCAUAAGAAAAGUUGCACUCACAGAACCACUAGUUGAUGUGGUUGAUCCUAAUCAAGUUGUGACAAAUUGCUGCUUGGUUAAAGAAGUUGAUAUGUACACAAUCACAGUUCCUGAUUUGACAUUCAGUUCGCCUUUUACACUCACCUGCAAAAGAAAUGACUACAUCCAAGCGUUGGUGACAUUUUUCAAUAUCGAUUUCACUGCCUGUCACAAGCCGACAGGCUUCUCAACAGUCCCUCAGGAAGAAUAUAUUUGCAAGUUUUGGAUCAAAGCAUCUUGAUGUAGGUCACUAAUUUAAGCAGUUGGUUUCCAGACACAAGGCCACGUUAUCCAAGUACCACCUGAUCUCGGUCAGUUUGUGACUCAUACGUUUAUGCAUACUUACCUGAAUGGAUAUCAGAGUAAACAAAGAAAGACGAAUACUUUUGAAAUUACUUCACUGCGUGAAGAGUAUCUUACUCGUCGAACUCUCGGAAUACAUGUCUAAAAAUAAGUCGACGUGCUACAGUAGAAAACUUUAAAAUUGUCACAUUAUGCAGAGCUCCCAUAUAGAUAUCUUUUAUACUCUUCACGUGAAUAUUAUUCUUUCUUUUACAGGUCCGGACGAACGUCGCUACACUCACUGGAAACAGACUGUAUUUUAUCUAGAUAAUGGUGAUGAUGACUGUCUUACUGUGAAGAAAGGCGAAAUAAUAAAUGGUCUGAUGUCUAUUAAACCAAACGCUCGAAACAAUCGGGAUCUUGAUAUCAACAUAAAAGUGGAAUUUGAAGGAGAAUUGUCCUCAAUUGAUGCAAUGUUCAACUACCGAAUGCGUUAGAUUGUACUUUACAGUUGCUUUAAAUCAGACUACACUACUCAAUAUUUCUGAGCACCUGAUUUUAUAUUUCUCUUAUUGCCUUUGGUGUGCAAAAGCAUUUAAUUCGUACAUCUUGAAGCCACCAGAUUUGUUAGAGCAUUCCCCUUCAGUAUUGUAACUUUUCGGCCUGCGCGUGUACUAUCACGUUUUGUCUUCAAUUUCUACUGGAUUUUUAAAAAUAAAUGAAUAUGAUGCGCAA